AUGGCGCACGGAACCAGCGCGGAGCUGAGCGGCGGCGGCUGCAGCUGCUUCACGGCCUCGGCCCGGCGGCCGCUACCGCAUCCCGGGGGGCUGCGGAGAGGAGGGCGCACGCCGCGUGAGUGCCCGGAACCCUCCAGCGCCGCGCGCCCGGCCCGCCCCCGGCUCCUCCACCGAGCGCCCGCCCCAUUCGGGGCACCCCCGGCCUUCGCCGCGACCCAAGCCCGCCCGCGGAGCCCGCCGCCCAGCCCCUUCCCCAGGCAAAGUCGCGAGCCCAAGUUGGCUCUCCGGGAGCGCGGCCCCGGAGGCCGGGCACCGAGCGUCGGGGCUCCCGGGACGCUGGCGGGCGCCGCGCAGUCCGGUGGAGAACCCCGGGCGCCCCCAGGAUUCCGGGAACCCGGGCGCUCCGGCUUCCAUCCGCUCGGCCCCCUUCGAAGUCUGCGGCCUCGGGGCUGCGGCUCCGGCAGCCCCCCCGAGGCGAGGCGAGGCGGCGGCGCCCAGCUGUUGGCGGCCGCCAAGUCCACGCAGGGGCCCCGGGGCGCGCGUGGCGAAGGCCGGUCCCGAUGCCGGCCCCUGGCCAAGCCAGAAAGGAACCGGGGCCAGACACCAAGUCCAGCGCCUGGCUGGGGGCUGCCAGGGUCGGACCCGAGGUGGUCGCGGGCGGGGGUCGCUCGCACGCCCAUUACCUGCGCGGAAGCCCCCCGGAGGGGUGGCAACGGGAGACCUACUCCUCGUGACUUCGGCCCCUCGGCCGACUACAAGGUUACCCCCUGGCAGACUUUUCAGAAGGGCGAGCUGCUGACCGAGGGGCUGAGGACCAUGCGGGUGGGAGUCACAACCUUUGCCAUCUCAUCUGUGACGCAGGUCACGAACGCAGAGCAGGGGGGGUCCCAGCCCCUGUCCUCCAACCCGGUCCUGGAUGAGCUGCUGCUGGUGAACUUGGCUGCUGGUGGUGUGCCUGCAAUUAACCAGGUGCUGAAGUGGGUGGUUCCAGAAGCCAGUGGUGCCAGUGGUGCCAGUGGUGCCAGUGGUGCCAGCACCCGCCAUGGCUGCACGUGCCCACUGCCAGCCCGGGAGCUGGGGUCCGCGGACAGAGUCGGGGUGCGGGGCGAGGGUCGAGGGUUCGCGGCCGCCUGGCCCUCCCGCGCCUGCGCACCGCCGUCUCGUCCGCGCUCGCCACGGUCGCGCGCGCCGGAAACGGAAGCGGCGAGUCUCCAUGGCGGCCGCGACGGCAGGCCCGGUGUUGUGGAGGAGGCUGCUGCGCCUCCUGCCUGGGCGGCCUGGGCUGACGGCACUCCUCGGGCGCCUGUCCGACCGCCUCAGCUGGAGCCGGGACCGGCGGCGCAGGAGGGGCAGAUAAAAGCUGCGAGGAGACGGGUCGUGAUGGCGUCCCUCUACCUGGGGACAGGUCCCUUGGAGCAGGAACUGGUGGAUUGCCUGGAGGGUACCUUGGAAAAAUCUCUCCAAACCAAGUCUCCUUCGGAUCUCAAGGUCUCUAUCCUCCUGGACUUCACGCGGGGCUCGAGAGGUAGGAAGAACUCUCGCACGAUGCUGCUUCCACUCUUGCAGAAGUUUCCAGAACAGGUCCGAGUCUCCCUCUUCCACACACCAAACCUCCGUGGUCUGCUGCGCCUCUUUAUGCCAGAGCGCUUCAACGAGACCAUUGGCCUGCAGCACAUCAAGAUCUACCUGUUCGACAAUAACGUCAUCCUGAGUGGUGCAAACCUGAGUGACUCCUACUUCACCAACCGCCAGGACCGCUACGUGUUCCUGCAGGACUGUGCGGAGAUCGCCGACUUUUUCACGGAGCUGGUGGACGCUGUAGGGGACGUGUCCCUGCAGCUGCAGGGAGACGACACCGUGCAGGUGGUGGACGGCAUGGUGCACCCCUACAAAGGUGACCGGGCUGCGUACUGCAAGGCGGCCAACGAGCGGGUCAUGAGCGUGCUGCACUCUGCCCGGGCCCGCCAGCAGCAGCUGCAUGCACAGACCUUCCACCGCGAGCCGCUGUCGCCCCGGCAGGACACGGCGGCGGCUGGCGAUCGCUGCCCGGCCCCCGACACCUGGAUCUAUCCUUUGGUCCAGAUGAAGCCGUUCGGGAUUCAGAUCGAUGAGAUGGUCACGGAGACGCUGCUGACCGAGGCCGAACUGGGCGCCCGCGUCUACCUCACGACGGGCUACUUUAAUCUGACGCAGGCCUACAUGGACCUGGUCCUGGGCACACGGGCCGAGUACCAAAUCCUGCUGGCCUCCCCGGAAGUGAAUGGCUUCUUUGGAGCCAAGGGCGUCGCAGGGGCCAUCCCGGCAGCCUACGUGCACAUCGAGCGGCAGUUCUACAGUGAGGUGUGCAGCCUGGGGCAGCAGGAGCGUGUCCGGCUGCAGGAGUACUGGCGCAGGGGCUGGACGUUUCAUGCCAAAGGCCUCUGGCUGUACCUGGCGGGGAGCAGCCUGCCCUGCCUCACGCUGAUUGGCUCUCCUAAUUUUGGGUACAGGUCGGUUCACCGGGACCUGGAGGCCCAGAUUGCCAUCGUGACCGAGAGCCGAGCCCUGCAGCAGCAGCUCCACCAGGAGCAGGAGCGGCUCUACCUGAGGUCGGGUGUGGUCUCUGCAGCCACCUUCCAGCAGCCCAGCCGGCAGGUGAAGCUCUGGGUGAAGAUGGUGACGCCGUUUAUCAAGAACUUCUUCUGAGGGAUGGCCUUGAUGAAGAUGACGGGCAUGGCUGGUGUCAGCUCCUUCAGUCGCGCUUCUGCAAUCACUCCCGUCUGGAUGUCCCAGCGAGCUCCUGCGAGCACAGCCCAGUGGAGGCUCAGGGGGGCCCUGGGUGGC